AUGCGGAGCGGCGGUUACGCGGUGGUGCAGCAGGCGCUGGGAGCUGAGGCAGCGGACGCGGUGAUGCAGGCGGCAUGCCUGGCGAGGCAGCGGGGUCACGCGCAGGUCACCCCACUCCACGUCGCGAGCGUCAUGCUCUUCUCCGCGCCGGGCGACGGCGGCCUCCUCUCAGCUGCCUGCAUCCGGUCCGCUCACCCACCGUCUCAUCCGCUGCAGCUCGAGGGGCUCCAGCUCUGCCUCGAGUUCGCCCUCAGCCGCCUCCCGAUGGCCUGGCCACCCGCCGCCGCCACGUUCCACUACCACGGUGCUCCGGUACUGGCGCUAUCAAACGCUCUCAUGGCGGCGUUGAAGCGCGCGCAGGCGCACGGGCGCCGAGGCUCCACGGACGGCGGGCCGCGGCAGCCGGAAAGGAUCGCCGUCAAGGUUGACCUGGAGCGGCUCGCCGUGUCCAUCCUCGACGACCCGAGCGUCGACCGCGCCAUGCGCGAGGCCGGUUUCUCAGGCUCCCUGGUGAAGGCCAACAUCGGGAAGGGUGCCUCGCCGGAGCCGUCUGAUAUUCACCAUAGCGACGACGUAACUUCUCCGUGUCUGGUUAACAAGAUGGUUAUGGCUACACAGACACCUCCUGGAGCCGUUUGGGAUGUGCUCCGUCGGCCUGUCGUCGUCCCAGAUGGAUGCCUCGCAUUAAGACCUAGCUACCAGAGUUACUCUUCAUCGAGGGGUGAUCAAACGUGCCAAGCAAAAUCAAGACAAGCAGGGUGGUCGGCCUUUGUCAGCCUCACUAGGGUUGUUACAGCGACGUCAUGGCUCCACCUCCAGCAUGGUGCAAUCUCCACAUCCCAUUUCCACCACACCGGUCUUCAGCCUACCUGCCGGCGACAGAGGUUCAGCGAGCCCACCACAGAAAAUCUUAAGAUUCUAUGCGAUGCGCUCGAACUGCGCGUCCCACGGCACAAGGACAUCAUCCCCGCAAUAGCGGCCACCGUGCUGCAGUGCCGAUCCGGCAUGAGGAAGACAGCGGCAACGUCGACAUGGCUGCUCUUUCGAGGAAAGGACGUCCACGGCAAGAAGGCAAUGGCCAUGGAGCUCGCAGAGCUCGUAUUUGGCUCCAACGCUGAGUUUGCCGUGCUUAACUCCAGCAACGACUCCUCGUGUAGCGCCGACCGCCUCUCCCUCAAGAGGCACAAACCGCGGGACCUAGACAAUGGUUAUGUUGGGAUAAGAUUGUUUGAAGCAAUCCUAGAAAACCGUCACCGUGUUAUGUUUAUCGAUGAUAUCGACAAACUACUCGACCCUGAGUCGGCAAUAGCAAUCGAGAACGUGAUCAGGACGGGGAGAAUCGUGGGCUGCAAUGGCGGCAGCGUGGUCAAUCUGGAGGAUGCCAUUGUAGUGAUGAGCUCUGAGCUGUCUGCGUCGAGGUCCUUGGCUUCCUCAACCCCUCCGGUGAAGCGACAGCGAACCGGUGAGCUAAACCGCGAGGAAGAUAGCGCGGAGAAGGACGUGGAGUCACGUCGUUUUGCCUUUGAUUUGAAUGCUCGCCCAGAGAAUGUGGAAGAGGAGGAAGAGAACUCGGCUACUGAAGGGGGGAUUAUGGGUCUUCUGGACGGUGUGUUCUGUUUUGUUUAA